GCGGUAGGUCAGCCAUUAUUCACUCGUCAGCAUCCACUACAAUCCUAGAAGAUAAAAACAAGACAGAAGAUUACUUUUCAAAAACAACGCAAGAUACGUUCCACAACCACAAGUUUGUUACAAAACCAUUAUUGAUUCUGUCAUUUCCACAGAGUACCAUCAAAAUACAAAUAUGACUGAACAACAAGGAUGGCCUGCUGUCCCAGGGUCAGUGUGAGCGUUUCAGACCAACUCCCUGUCAUUCACCCAAUUGGGUCAGUGCAAUCGCUUAUAUAUUUUUUAAUCAAGUACAUUAAUUUUAUGCUUUUCAAACUUUUCAAAAUGUGAUGUUCCGAGACAUUUUGUGGCAAAUUCUUCUUGUCAACUUCGUAAACAUGAAUUUAUGACAUUAAGUUUCUGUUUAAUCAUAACUAUAAUUUCAAGUUUAUGUAAGAAACAUACAUUUGAUUGAAGUGUAAAAUAAAAAUGAUUUAAAAAAAUUUAUGUAAAAAUUUGAAUUAAUUUUAUCAUUUUUUUAAUUUACUGUUAUGGACUGAUUGUAAAGCUUAUGUAACUUAAAAUGUUCCUUAAUUUCAUCUUAAGUAACAGAGCAAUAGUAAAAGAUUUAUUGCUUUGAAGAGGAAAAAAAGUUGCUUUAUCAUUAAAGGUUUUCUUCAAUAGCUUUUACACUGUUUCAGAGGACAUAAAAUCUGUAAUUCAUGUUUUAAAAAAAACCUAGACAUUGAAUAAUUCUUUGCACAAGUUGCUCAAAUCAUUCUUACGUAAAUUCACAAAAAAGAAAUUUGAACAAUUUGCCAAUCAUGAUGUUUGAGUUUCACAAAUGAGGCCAAAGAAUGCCCAUCAUUCCUCAGAUCCCCAACAAAACAUGUUGAAAUAAACUUCUUGCUUACAAGUGACUCAAAAGAGUCUAUUUUUUCCAUCGCACAGAAACAUCUGAAUCAUACUGCUAACUCUAUGACACAGACUCAGGUUGCUCGCACUUUCCGUCUUGUUUCCCUCCCCGUGCUGCGUUUGGUAAUCAUCUACCCUUCUUUCUCAGUACUCCGUGUCCCUCGUUCAUUCCACCCUCCCCCAUCCAGCAAGCCGGCGCAGACACGCAGACAUGAAUCAGCAGGCAUUGGGGGUGGAGGCCAGAGGACAAGACUGUUUCUCCAUUCCUGCUGGGCACGUAAGAGGAGUUCUGUUUCCAUGGUGAUGCGUCAUCACGCUCAAACGACCUUCAUGCUGGUAGAACGCGGAGUUUUUCUUGCUACCAACUAACGUUAGCGAUUUAAGGAUAGUUAGAAUUUAAUCAUGUAAUAAUUUCUCUUUUAAUGCGGAUGAAAUUGCUUUGAGUUUAACUAAUUAAUUUGAAAUGAAAAUAGCACGUCAGUAAGUAAUGUGUUGAAAUAUGGCAUCGUUUAGAGACAGACGGAUCAAAGGCGCUUCUCAGACAACAAACAUGCGCCAGGAGAUUUCAGUUAAAAAAGAGUUUCAUGUUCCUCCUUUGGCUGCCACAAUGAAAGAGAGCAAAAAGAAAAGGAAAGACACAACAAAAGAGAAAAAGAAAUCGACGAAUGGCAUUAACCAGUCAAGGGAUUCAGAGAAACUCCAGACAGAACUGUGGACAAACGGUGAGAUGAGUGAUGGUCAGGCCAAAGCCAAAGAACGUAAGAGCAGCAAAUCCAAAAAUCCCAAGGGUGUAUCAGAAGUGGUUCCAACAGAGGAGGACAAAUCUGAUUCGACUGAUCUGGAACAGGACAGCUUGAGGUGGGAAGGAGCUCUUGAAGACCCCACUGCAGAGGCCCAACGGUUGGAGGUCUACAGAGCCAACCGCCGUAAACGUUAUUUGGCAUCAAGACAGGCUUUUCUACAAAAUAUUCAGACUGGUUUAAGCAUAGACUCAAACUCUUCAAAACUAAAUACACGAAAAAAGCCUGGAGUUUUAACAUGAACUUAUAUCAUGAAAUCUUAUAAUCAGGCUAUAUACUGUAUGAACAGGUUGUGUGGUGUUAUUAACAUAACUGUACUGGGAAAGUUCUUCAAACCUGAAUGUGCAAUAUAAUUUCUCUCGUAUGUGGAUACUCUCACAUGAAGGUCUGCUAUUAAGCAUUGCAUCAUUUUGUGCUUAUACAUUGAUCCCUGGUUUUGUUACCAUGAUGCAUCCUAUAUGCUAUUCAGUUCAUCCAUUUGAGCCUCUACUGAAUCUAUUUAGCAUUGUUGUCAUCUAUUACUACAAUAACCAUGUUUGAUUUUUUAUCAAGGACUUCAGGAAUUUGCCUUUUGUUUAUUUACGUAGGUAUAGUUCACUGUAAUUGAUUUUAUGGCUUCAAAAUAUGCACAUACUAAUUUAAAAAGGCACAUCGAAAAGUGCUAUAUAUUUUUUCACAAUCUUAGAUAUGACAUAAAUUGCCUCCAUUUUAUUUUAAAUAAUUAUAUUAUUAUAAUAAUCAUGUAUUAUACUGUACAAUACAAAAUAUUUAAAUAAUAUUAUUGCAUACACACACACACACACACACACACACACAAAGACACAUUAUAUAUUUAUACACAUACCUUUAAAAAAAUACCUUUUUUUCAAAGAAAUUAAUACUUUUAUUCAGGAUGCAUUAAACUGUUCAAAAGUGAGUAAAUAUGUUUAUAAUGUAUUAUUUAAUAUAAAUGAUGUUCUUUUGAAUGUUCUAUUCAUCAUAGAAUACAUAAAAAUAUAACAUUUUCAACCUACUUAAGAAUGAAAUAAUAUUAAGAAGUGUUUCUUCAGCACCAAAUCGGCAUAGAAUGAUUUCUGAAGGUUCUGUGAUGAAUAAAUUCUAUUUUAAAAUAAAUGAAAAUUGAAAAGUUGUUUUAAAUAGUAAUAAUAUUUAAAAAUGUUACUGCUUAAGAGACUUCUUACCGACCCCAAACUUAUAUAUUCACGUUCACGUAUAAAACAAAAUUCAUGUAAAAAGUCCAAACCAGUAAAACAUAAUUUAUUGCUCUUUAAAGGUUACAGAUAUGAGUAUGACAAACAUGUGCUGUAUUUUUAAACUGAGUAAAAAACAAGACAUGAACCAUGAAUGAGUAACAGUGACUAAAACUGCCCAACCAGUGCAGAUGAUACACUUGCUUUGCAGCACAUUGUAUGUAAAAACAGCCUGGUGUGUGACUGUCUUCUUCGUGUUAUAAUGGUGCCUCAUGUGUACAUUCCUUACUAUGCUGUAUCUAAAACUGUGAUGUAUAACAUUAUAAACUGAAACUGUAAAAUAUGGUUGCCAACCUGAUUUCACAUUUUGUAGUGUGUAAGUAAACUGGACCUAUUAAAGGGCUCAUCCAUUUGCA